GAGCUGCUGUCGAGGCCCGAUGCUCGCCGCCACUCGCUCCGUCCUCGCCGCCAGCAUUGCGGUUGCUCUGGCGGCGCCGCUGCCGACCGCCAACGCGGCGCUCAAACCUCCAGGUCGCCCGUUGACGUCGGCAGGCGCCGACACCCUGCUGGACAAGUACUUUUGCGACGUGUACUACCCCACGGGCACGGCCGCGGCCAACCUACCGCCGUGCGAAAGCGUGAAGGCCGAGGUGACGUCCGACCUCACGGCCCCUCUUCCGACGCUGUCGCUUGGCGAUCCGACAAAGCCUGCUCUCUUCUUCGUGCACGGCUGGCCCGACAGUGGAGCCGAGUUUGCCGCACAGUUUGGCGGGCUGUGCUACGGCCCUGCGGCUCGGUUCCGGUGCGUCGCGGCGACAUGGCAGAACUUUCAUCCGGAUCUCCCGAACGCACCGCUGGAAGAGCUCACGCUUCAGACGACGAUUGACAAGCUCGCGGCCACGAUGGAGGCUGCGAGGCUUGUGGACACCACCUUCGUCAUUCACGACUGGGGUAGCUUCGUGGGCUACCAGCUCAUGUGGCAGCAUCCACACCUGAUGAACCGAACGAUCUCCUUUGACAUCGGCUCGGGCGGCCACCCAAACGUCACGUACCAGGGCCAGAACGCCAUCGCCUUUGACACACACAACAGCAUCCCGAGCAUGACCUCGGCGCGUUACUGGGAUGCACCGUGUCCCGACUGUGCCACGUGGCGGACCGCUUGGCCGUACGCCACAAAUGUGUCCUUUCGCGGCCUCGUCCCGAAGCUGCGCCCUCCAAAGACGAAGCCCCUGCUCUUUGUCUGGGGCAACAUGACGAGAGGCAAGCCCCGAGGGAAAGAGUCGUUGUUCUUUGACAAUGCGUGGCUGGAGUUCGUUGAGUCCACCCCGCAUGGCCGCGUGGUUUCUGGGACGGGCGAUCACUGGAUUUUUCACGAGAAUCCGAAGCUAAUAAAUAGCGCGAUGGUGGAGUGGCUGGCGGCAUGCGGCCUCUAGGUGUCGAGAAAUUGCCAUGCACACACAAAAGAUGAGAUGAGUGAACACGUGCGAGUUGCCAAGUUUGUUGCGCGAGAGAUGCGGAUUUCAAUUUCAGCCUUUUGAUUUUGUGAAAUUUGGACAU